UUUUUGAACACACAGACUAUAUAUGUCCGUGAAGCUACCACAGCGUUUGCUCAGUGCGCAUGCGCGCUUCGACUUUCUUUUAUGAUUAUCAUCACUGGUGCGGAGUUGAGUAGUCCUCGAUUAACGGAGCAAAAUGUCUCUCGUCAUUCCAGAGAAAUUCCAACACAUUCUUCGUGUCAUGGGCACAAAUAUUGACGGUAAUAGAAAAGUAAUGUUCGCUAUGACUGCAAUUAAAGGUGUUGGUCGGCGUUAUGCCAACAUUGUUUUGAAGAAAGCUGAUAUUGAUUUAGAUAAAAGAGCUGGAGAAUGCUCAGAAGAAGAGGUUGAGAAGAUUGUCACAAUAAUGGCUAAUCCCAGACAGUAUAAAAUUCCUGACUGGUUCUUGAACAGACAGAAGGACAUUGUCGAUGGAAAAUAUUCGCAGCUCACGAGUGCCAAUCUGGACUCCAAACUGCGUGAAGAUCUGGAGAGGAUGAAAAAGAUCCGUGCUCACAGAGGCUUGCGUCACUACUGGGGUCUCCGCGUACGGGGGCAACACACAAAGACCACUGGUCGUCGCGGACGCACGGUCGGUGUGUCGAAGAAAAAAUAAUUUUGUAUAUUGUAUA